AUGAGUUUGAUAUAAUUUAAGAGAGAAAAAUACGGAAUUAAAUUAAGAAGGGAUGCUCUAGAGAAAAUAUUUAGUUUAAAAAGAGUUAUCAAUUCUCCAGACAUAGUUCAAGUUUUUCAAAAACAAUUAGAAUCAUAUGAGACUGAUAUUUUAGAAGCUAUUGAAAUUUUAAAAUAGUACUAAAAUAUUAAGCCUGAAUAUGUUUAACUCUGGCUUUUCUUGUUGUAUGAUUGUUUUAUCUAUUUGGAUUAACAGUACAAGGGAAAUGAAAUCCUAGACUUAUUGCUAUUUAGUGUUAUUUAAUACCCGUAAGUAAUAUAAAUAAAUAAAUCAAAAGGGCAUAAUCCAGUUCAUAGAGUAUCAACUUUUCGAAAUCCUACUCAGAUAUCAAGACAUCCAAGCACUUCAAAUAAUUGAAACAAUUCUGAAAUCCCAAAUCAUUCGAUCUCGAGAUGUCUAGAUUGAACCUCUUGUUAAUUACAUUUGUUCCUAUAUACCAGAACAUACGAACAAUAUUUUAAACAUCCUUAUUUUACUAUCUCAUAAUAUCGAAUGCAAAGCAGUGAUUAUAGCAAAUGAUCCAAUCAUGAAUAUGUUGCUAAUGGAGAAUAAUCAAUUUCAGGAUGAACGAAGUAGAAUUCUGAGUCAUUUAUCAAGAGGAAAUGUUAAAAUGGUUUAUUAUUUUUAUAAUUCUAAAGAUAAAUUGUAAUCUUUAUUUUAUCUAAAUACAAAACAUUGUCUUAAAAUAAUUAUGCGUUUGAUUUGCUAUGAUGAAACAAAAAAGAUUUUAUCAAUCAUGAGAGAGUAAAGAAUCAACAUUCAAAUUGAGAAAAUAUCCUCAUAAAAUUAUAUCAACUAUAAAAAUGAAAUAGAGGAUAUUCUAUAAGAAUUUUAAUAGUGA